AUGACCAAAACUCUAAACAUUCUUCUAGACAACGCACCAAAAUCGCACGCCGCAACCACCACAUGGGAGCAAAAGCUCCAAGACCUAAUCCUCUCCUUUGACGACAACCAACCCCGUUUCCGUCACGAGAAAUGGCGUUCCGUCUUCGAUUCUCAACUGUCUUCUAACCCUUUGUCGAUCACCUCAUCAGCCGAACCUCUGUUCGCUCUUCCUCUAGCUGAAAAUGUAGAAAAGUGGAGUGUGUGGUUGAGCGAAGAAGCACUUUGGGACAGACUUAGCACGUUGAGUCAGAUUGCCGUCUUGGAGGGUGAGGAGAGGCAGAAGGUGAGGAAGGUGUUUGAGGAGGCGUUGAAGGGGGAUGAUGUGGAAAGGAAUGAGAAGGGAGAGGUGGAGUUGCAUGGCAUGACUGUUGCGGCAUGGACGACAAAGAUCCCGCAGAAGGGUGCUGAGAGUUUGUUGACUACGGUCAAGGAUGCUCUGGCUGGUAGAACUUGA